AUGAAGAGCGAUUUUAUCGUCGCCUUAACACAGCUCGCCGCAGAGCGCGGCCUUCCCAAAGAGACUGUGCUUUCCGCCAUUGAAGAUGCGUUGGUCUCAGCCUACAGGAAGGACAGCAUCGCCGAUGGUCAGAACAUCACCGUGAAGCUGGAUCCCGGCUCAGGUGAUGUAACGGUGAAUAUCCUGAAGACCGUCGUGGACGAUGUCAUCAAUGACAAGGCGGAGAUUACGCUGCCGGACGCCCAGGAAAUUGUUCAGGACGCUGAAAUUGGUGAUGUCAUCACCACAGAAAGCCUGCCGCACAUUCCGGGCCGCAUUGCAGCGCAAACUGCCAAGCAGGUGGUGAUGCAGCGACUACGCGACGCAGAGCGGGAGAUCGUGUUCAAGCAAUUCGAGGACAAAGAGGGCGAGGUCUUCCUGGUUACGCUCCAGAAGAUUGAGCCGCGCCACAUUACGGUUGACCUGGGGCGAUCCGAAGCCAUUAUGCCCAUCAGCGAGCAGGUGCCAUCUGAGCGCUAUCGCAGCAAUACCAAGAUGCGCGUGCUUCUCAAGUCAGUGGAGCGCACCCUUAGGGGACCAGAGCUUAUUGUCUCCCGCGCUGAUAACACGCUGCUCAGGCGGCUUUUCGAAAUGGAAGUGCCUGAGAUUUUCACCGGUGCGGUUGAAAUUGAAGCGAUCGCAAGGGAACCCGGUUCGCGCAGCAAGGUUGCCGUGCGCGCCCGUCAAGACGGCGUGGACCCUGUCGGCUCAUGCGUGGGGCUACGCGGUGUACGAAUACAGAACAUCGUCAACGAACUGCACGGCGAGAAAAUUGAUGUCGUGGAGUGGAACAAGGAAGUUCCCAUUUUUAUUGCCAAUGCGCUCAGUCCUGCGCAGGUGAUGAAAGUAGAACUGAACCUUGACGACGGAACUGCAAUGGCAGUUGUACCUGAUAGGCAACUUUCCCUCGCAAUCGGACGGGAAGGCCAGAACGCCAGACUCGCCGCUCGAUUGACCGGCUGGAAAGUGGAUAUCAAGAGCGACGUCGAGUACCAGGUCGAAUUUCAGGAGCGCACCAGGCUUCAAGAAGAAGCCAGGGCCGCUGCCGCCGCUAUCGCAGCCGCGGAGGCUGAGAUCGAAGAAGCGCAGGCAGCCGCAGCUGUUGCCGCAGAGGAAGUUGCGGUUGAACCCGAAUCUGCGCCCAGCGAUGUGGAAGUGGAGGCUGAGCCCGUUCCGAUUGCUGCUGAAGUUGACCAGAUGGCAGAGACCAUCGUGGCAGACUCCGUCGCCGUAGAAGCGAUUGCGGAUGAGGCGAUUGCGGUUGGAUUGACGGAAGUUGUCGAAGAUGCCGUGCCGGUGGCAGCCGAGCUUCAACCCGUGGAUGCCGCUGUUACGGAUGACGCAGUUGAGACUGAACUUGCCGAACCCGUCGCUGAAGUGGAAGUCGUCGCGGAGCCGGAGGCGGCCGUCGAGGCAGUAGAGCCUCUACCGAUCCCUGAGCCCGUUUUGGAGAGUGUCCAGGCGGCAAAAGAGGAACAGGUGACUUCUCUGCGGGACUUGCCGGAGGAUAUCUGGCAGGUGCGGCGCGCUCGCGUUCGCAGACCCGUACAGUCGGACGCAGACGCGCCGGGCCGCAUACGCUUCGCGGAGGACAUCGCCGGAUUGCGUGGUGGGGUAACCGCAUCACGCCGCGGCCGAAGGCGAGACGACCCUCAGGCCCCCCGGCGGAGCAAAUGCAAAUGCACGAGGCGGUGGCGGAAGGCGGCGUAA